CGGUAAACUUACUAUUCACUGGAGAAUAGAUUCCAUUAGAUCAAAAUAUCACUGGGCUGAGAAAACAACACAUCUAUUUAAAUUGUUGGACUGGCAAGUGAAGAUUGGUGCGCCUGGUGCAGCAUCUAUUCUAUCAUAAAUAAAUGGGCAUAAAGCAGAGUAUCUACGAAAGACCCGGUACUUUAGAUUAUUAUAAAUUCAGCGCGAAAGAAUAUGCACUGAUUAAGAAAGUAUGGUCAAAUAUCGAAGUUAACCCGCAAUAUCAUGGUAACGCUUGUCUCAGAAGAAUGCCCAUAUCACACAUCGGUUUUCAGUUUUUGCGAGACUCAUCCGCAAUACGUGAAAUAUUUUACUCAGGAGUCGAAAUUACAUUUGAGCUUUGAUACACGCAUUACGGCCAAAUUUGCCAUAAUUAUGGAAACUAUGGGAUAUCUUUUGCUGAACUUUAAUAAGAAGCCGAAACAGUUGGAUCGAUUAGUCGGUUACAUAGCUAUGAUACAUAAGGACAUGCAAUUAGAUGAGCAGGAUCUGAAUAAUCUCGUGACAUCCUUAUUUGAAUACUUGACGCGAAUGUAUCCCGCGCAAAUGACUGUAGAGUGCAAGAGAGCGAUGUCCAAGUUCAUGGAAAGUGUUGUAAGGCAGCUCUACGAAAAGAUGAAAACCUUUCGCGAGUACGAUGCCGCGCAAUUGAGAGUAGCAACACGAUCGAAAUUGCUGUGGGAACGAUGCCCACUCUUCGCCGAACCUUCGAUAUUCGGCAAGUCCAAGUUAUAUUGGGAUGAACGGAAGAAGCAGUGGGACACGCGGCUGGGUGUAUGGGCGGUGCAGACAGCUCAAGAGCAAGAGCCGAUCUCGGGUGAACCGAUCUCACCCAAUACGCUGAAACCGAAAACCGAUUUGGACGAGGAAGAGAAAAUAGAUAUCGGUUUCUUGCAACGAAAGGCCUCCGAACUGGAACGGAAAAGAAUUGCCUCGGACAUAGCCGCUUCCAGGAUGGCGCUGUUAAGACUUAAGAAGACGAUCACCAAGCAUGCGGAAAAUGAUGUUAGCCCACCAACACGGGCUAAAAAGCAUCCUCAGCGGCGCGUUUCACUUCAUUUACCGGAAACUGUGAGCACUUCUCGCGAAAGACAUCGCGCCAAAAAUUUCAUUCAAGAUGUUUCGCAAAAUGAUGCGACGACAUUAAGCAUAGAUCGUCUAAAGCUCGAUAAAAUUCUCCCCAAAGAUAAAAAAAACGACGAUGAAAUGCAAGAAUCUGAAAUCACUGCCGUUAAGCUGCAUAGAACUGCUCGCGAGAGACGUCGAGAACGUCGAUGUCGUUCAAUGUCAAUCUAAAAUGAUGAAGAAGAAAGAGCAAGGAAAGAUAAAAACAGAGAUGCUAACAAGAAGGAAAAAAUACAAAUAGCACUUCAAAAGGAAAUAAGAUUUAAACACUUAUCAUUAUCCUGGAUCGAACGAGAAGACUGUCUGACCAUGACGCUAAGGAGCGCGUGACUUCGCGACGAGGUUUUAUUUGCGGCUGUUGGUUCUACCGUCCUCGCUUUGUUACCUCUGUGUAACAGCUGCAUAACCUGCGAG